AUUUUUGCACAAGAUCCAAAGUUCAAGGAAGUAUAACAACAAUUUCCUUCUAGGUAUUUACCCCGUGACUGACUCAAUAAUCGCUUCCUGCUAUUCAAUAUGUGUAAGACAGAGGCAGAAAGAGCAUCGAUCUACAUGUCUAAUAGUGAAUGCCCACAGAGCUACAGAGUUUUGUUUCAUUGGCUGGAAGGACGGCUGCCAUGUGUGCAAUGAACUCCACUAAUGCCAGUGCUUCCAACACCACAGGUCUGCCAAAUGAGUACAGGUACACCUUGCUGUCCAUGUACUCUGUGGUCCUUGUUGUCGGCAUCUGUGGCAUCGCACUCACGAUUGACAUCUUGAAGUCCAGUGUGCGAUCUGUCACGACCAUGGCGGUGCUCAACUUGAUCGCCGUGCACAUAGUGUUCCUGCUGACUGUUCCCUUCCGCAUAUACUUCUAUGCAAGGGGCUACUGGAGUUUAGGACCAGACUUUUGCAAGUUAAUCAGCGUGAUGAUCCACGCCCACAUGUACAUUGCUUUCAUAUUCUACGUCAUCAUCCUGGUCGUGCGGUUCAUCACCUUCUUCAGCAAAAGGGAUAGACUGGAGUACUACAGGAGACUCCAUGCUGUGAUUGCCAGCCUGACUGUCUGGGCUGUCAUCUUGGGGCUGAUACCUGUGACUGUGAUAAAAUACGGUAGCGGCACAGACAAUACAACCGACACCAACCAGUGCUUUGUAUUUGGAGACGCCUUGAAUAUCACAGGUGUAGCCGUUAUAAACUACCUUAUUUGUGCCAUGCUGCUGGUGGUGACUUUUGUCUUCCUGGCUAUCCAGCUUUGUAUACUAGGGAUGAUAUACAAAAAACAUGGCAAGACUGCACUAAAUCACCAAGAGUUCUGGGCACAGGUGAAAAGCCUGUGCUUUGUGAUGGUCAUAUUGAUUUGCUUUGCCCCUUACCAUGCAUUCAGGAUUUACUAUGUGGCAAGUUUUUCGCUUAAGCCGGACGAGUCAAGCCUACUGCAGCUCAAGAAUGAGAUUUUUUUGGCUGUGACAGCCUUCAGCUCUUCUGACAUGCUAAUUUUCAUUAGCAGGAAACGUUGGGGCAGCAUUCUACCUCAGUGUUGUAUUUCCUGGUAGUGUGACUGGGAUGUAUAUUUUGUGCCCAUCAAAACAUACAGUAUCUACAAACAAACUCAAAACAAAAAAUACAGGUAAAGUGUGCUGAUUUGGAGUGACUUGCUAACUCAAACAUCAUGCUAAACUUUGAAAAAAAAACAAAUGAUUAUAUUCAUAAGAAUCUCAUCUACAACACCACAGAUCACAACUAGAUUUGACCAGACAAAAAGAGAACA